AUUUAUUUUUGCUUAAAUUAUGGUACCAACGGUCCAAACUCACAUGCAAGCAGUUUCAAAUGUUUUUCAAACAAAACCAAAGGCCACAACUAAUACGUCUCAUCUGACACUUCCCUCUAAUUUUUGCUCAGAUUCCUUACCUUAAAUAUCGGCAAAAGCCUUGUAGUUUUUCUAAGUGUGUUAGAAUUUUAUUUUGUUUAAUUUUUUUAGCAAUGGGAAAUUGCUCUCUCAAAGGGGUCUCUGAUGACUGUUCCAACUCUAUCAGAGUUCUUACAGAUUCAGGGUCAAUCAUAGAGUUCAAUGGUCCUAAAUUAGCUGGUGAAGUCCUUAAUGAUUAUCCAGGCUAUGGCAUUUUCUUGCAGUGUAAAGCUUCAUCACCUUUGCCAAGCCAUGAACGCCUAGUUAGCGGCAAAUCCUACUAUCUUCUUCCACUAGGCAACAAAAAUAUGCUUUGCAGCGAUGGGGUCAGUCAAAGUUUGGAAGCAGAGUGGAUGAAGAAUGUGAACGCAGCUGAGCCUGAGACUGCAAAGAAAUCAUCGUCUGCAGCAUCGGAAUUUGUGGAGAGUUUGUCAAAUGGACCUGCUCUUGAGGUCCUUCCGUCCGGUGGAGAUGGUGUUUGGAAGGUGAAGUUGAUGAUUGAUACUAAACAAUUGGAGGAGAUAUUUUCAGAGCAAGGAAACACAGAGGCUUUGAUUGAGAGGAUGAGGAUGGUGGCAAGCUCUGCUAGUCUCACACCAAGGCAUGCCAAGAGCUUCAGAGGUGGGGGUUGGAUGCCUAGCUUCCCCAACUUGUUUAAGGUUCCCAACUGACAAUUUGGAAGUAAAGCAAAGUUACAAAAUGGCUUUGAAAAGGGAAACAUGGAGCUUCAUGUCUCUCUGUCCCAUGGGGUUUUUCCUGUUGGAGGUCUAUAAACACUUCUAGGAGCUGUAAUCUUUAGUUGUUCUUUGUGUUUUUAACAAUAUUUGGUAAUCUAUGUUUGAAUGUAUGUUGUACAUAUAAUGGAGGAAAAUGAAGGUUAUCGGCAAAAA